AUGGCUUUGUCCCUGCCCGCACUGUCCGUGACGGCGUUCGCGCGGGCGCACCCGUUCGCCGUCGGCGCGUCGGCCGCGACGCUUAAGGCCGCGACGGCCGAUUGCAUGAUCCAGACGUGUGUUGAGGGCCGCCGCUGCGACGAGAUCGACAUAAAACGCGUGGCGGUGUUCACGACGUUCUGCUUCGGUUUUACCGGGUGCUGGCAGUACUACCUCUACAAUCGCGUGAUGCCGCGCCUCUUCCCCAAUGUCGACGCAUUCCUCGUUCUGCCGGUCCGGGAGCGCCUCCGGUCGGCCGCCGGCCUGCGAGCCGUCGGCGGCCAGGUGGCCAUCGAGAACGUCUUGAACAACGCGUUGCUCUAUUUUCCCUCCUUCUACGCGGUCCAGAGCCUCUACCAAGGCGGCCGCGCGAUUGAUGGCCUCGCGAAGUUUCGGGAGCGGUGGCGCGAGGACGUGCCGGCGAUCUGGUCGUUCUGGGUGCCGGUGCAGACGGCGAACUUUUUAUUUUCGCCACUUUGGGCCCGGGUUCCAGUCACGGCGGCGGCGUCGCUGCUCUGGACGUCGUACGUGUCGUUCUCGCGGGGGUGUCCGGGGCCGUGCCCGCAGAACGCGCCGACUUGCUGCGACGGCGUGGGUGGGUAA